AUGGGCACCCGACCCCGCAGCCCCAGCGCCUACCCUGCACCCUGCUGGGGACCACAGCCCGGGGAACCCCGCCCUGCCAAGCGCCCACGACACCUGGAGUCCCAGGGCCCCAACUUCCAGAUGCCGCCCAACCUGGCAGACCUCACCGGACCCCAGGCAGCAGAAAUGGUCACCAUGGCGGUCCUGCCCGCAGGCUGUGCCCUAAAGGUGCCCCUGGACGACGUCGACCUGGUGCUGGAACCCGAGCCAACUUCGGUCCUGCAGGUGCGUCUCAGAGGGCACACUCUCGUGCUGGUUCCCGAGGCCCUCCUCCUCUUGGAAGACCUACACCUAGGAGGGCAGGGCCACCUUCCUGCCGGCCUGGAACCCAGCCCUUUCCUGGGUGCUGAGGGAGAGGCCGUCACCCUCCAGCAGAGAUUCUUCUGCACCAGUACCCGAGAGAUGGCUGCCCAAGGGGUCGUCCACCAGGACGCGGGCCACCAGCUCCCUCCGCCUUGGAUGGACCAUGCAGCGGGGUCAGGCGCUGGACUCCGCCCUGUGGCUCCUCAGGUAGCUAGCCCCCACCUCCAGGGCCCCGUGCCAGAGCCCUGGCCUUGGGCCCCCACCCCUAGUCCAGAGAGACGCUCUCCUGGCCCCUACUUCAGCCUCAGGUUGCGCCUUCUGGAGCCUUUCCCCAACUCACCCCUGCAACCUCUACCUCCAACGCCGAAUCCAGGUCCCCAAGCACGCCCGCAGCGCCCUCGGCGCCCUCAGCAUCUUCACCCCAAAGCCCGGAGACGCCUGUUCCUGAAUUGA